UGUUAAUAUAACAUGGGCCUUUGUGUCAUCGAGGCAACACGUGAGUUUGCAUCAGUCAAAAGCAACAAACACAGUUAGUUUGUGCAGGAGCUCUGAUUACUCAUUCACCCCCUAUUCCUCUCAUCUCAGAUUUCAGACAUUACUGCACGAAUUUAGAAAGGAAGUGCAAUGGCUCUAGGGCUAAUUUUAGGGAUUGGCCGGGCAUUUAGAAGAAAGCGGGCAUCUUCUCUUGACAUCCUUUCUUCAAAACGAGGUCCCCGGGAUUACUACAAAGGGAAGAACUGCAAGCCUACUGGUUUUCACACUCGAAAAGGUGGAUACGUGGUGGUUCAAGAGAAACUGCCCAAUUAUGUAGUCCCAGAUUUGACGGACUUCAAGUUAAAACCAUAUGUAGCACAGUGUGCAGUGGAAGGUCAAGCAAGUGGAGCUGCUAAUGCAACUAAAUAAAUAUUUCAACGACCUUGAUAUUUCCUUCUACACUUUAAUCAAUACUGUGUAAAGAUUUCAGGUCUACUUCCUAUUUUGAUGAAACAGAAUUGAAUUAUUGUUCUUGUUGGCCACUUUCAAUGGUAAUAUUAAGGAAUUAUCACA